UUCUAUCGAACUUAGAAUAUUCUUCUUUUUAAAUUAAAAUAAUAUAUAAAUCACUGUAACAAUUAUCGUAACAUCGUUAACGUGAAAGAAAUUCAAUAUUACGAGAUUCGCUCGUUUGUACGAUCAUUAGAUAAAUACAUUAAGGAAAAUAGAGAAGGAUCGUAUGGAACGCAAAAAAAAAAAAUAUAUAAAUAAAUAAAUUCUGCGAAGCAUUCAUUGGCACGUAAGAAUUCCUUCGAUGCUCACUAGCUGCCUCGUGAGAUCUCUCCUCAAUAACAACAACAAACAAAAAAAAGAACGAGAAAAGAAAGAGAGAAAACCUCGAGAAAAAAAAAGAGAGAGAACAGAAAGACUACUCGGGCACGUGUCGACGAGUGACUUUCAGUCCCAUUAGCGUACAAACUUUCGACGAGGAAGGACCCGCGACGAUAACACGAAUCAUAGCUCGGAUCAUAACUCGGAUCAUAGUAAUCCAGACUGGCAAUGCGCCGCCAUCCGUGAAACGUCGGAUCGCUGUUAACCUUCUUGCGGUGAGUGGCGCGAGGGUGAACACACCACCGAAGUACUCCCUAAUGGAUGAAGAUGGAAGGGUAUGGGUGAAGGGUGGAUGAGCAAUAUGGUUCGUCUUGUCAACGAGCACCUAACCUCCUAAGUGAAUAAUUACGCGUCCUUCAAAUGGAAAUCAAAGUUCUAAGAUUAAGAAACAAAGCCCUACACAUGAAAGAACACCCGGACUACAAAUAUCGACCACGACGGAAACCGAAGAAUUUAGUGAAGAAAGAAAAUAAAUUCGGUUUUUCAAUAUCGCCAUUGAUGUCGCCCGGUGAUACCCUCGGCAACAUAUCUCGUGGUCUUUUACCACCGUUGGCACCACCUUCGCAUCAUCAUCCUUUGAUAGGUCACGACGAUCUCAAGAUACCUCGUUUCUUUCCGCCGUUUCCGUAUCCCCUCUAUCCGAUUCAACACAAGUUGGGUGACGAAUUGAACGGUGGUAAAUUGGCUGCGGAUUUGGCCUUCCAAGCUCUAUACGGUGGUAGCACGUUUUAUUCGAGUCACCAAGCGGUAUCCUGGCCAGGAUUACCGGCGACGACGUGUCUCCAAGCUAAUUGUGGUUGUCCUAGUCCACCGAAGGAUCCGAAAAGGACGUAUUUGCCAUCGAAGUUGGAAGAGAGAUCCUUUCCCAGUCCGGGUAAACACGAGGACGAAACUUUUCCGAUCGAGCGUGGUGAUACUACCAUUGAAGAAUCUCGUUACAGAAAGCUAGAGGACGAAGGAUUAACUUCGACGUUGGAAAGGCAUCAGGAAGAAAGAUCGAGAGAUCGUUUUUCAUCCUCUUCUUCCUCAUCGCCAACCGAUCGACCAGAAAGAGCGUCUAGUACGACAUCGGCAACGACAACGAGUACGGUGACCAAAGUAGAAAGCGUCUUCUCCGUACAAAAUCUUACAUCACCUAGCACGAAUUUGACGUCCCAUCGAAGUCACGUCAUAUGAAGACCGCUGCCGGUUCUCCCGGACCUAAACUUCCGGGGGAACCUUCUACCAACCGGUUGGCCGACGGCAACCGAUUGGUGGAGAAUACCACCGAUGCUUUCGCCGAUCCCACAAGCUAGUGUCGCUAAUCUACCAUCGGCUAACAUCAAGGACGACGAUGUUCACUUUCAGGAAGAACAUCAGAGAAAUUCUGUCGUCUCUAGAACUACCGGGAGGACUGGCUUGCACGUCGGUGCCGCGCAAUGAGAUCUUCUUGAGAAGUAUCAUUAGGUGGACGAGUCAAGUGCAUUUACCGGAACGUGAUCGAAAUGCUUUCAGACUUCUUUUCCUUCUUUUCUUUUAACGUGUUAACGUUAAUUUAUGAUAAAUCUAAAAGCAGUGAUAUUACGUCAAUUUCAUUUCUCCUACGUGUUGUUUAUCUCAGCUCUAAUAAAAACAAGACAUAAUCGACAAGUCUCGCUAAAGAACGUUAUAUCCCAGGUAAGAUGGCCGAAAUUAUUCAAAUUUCGUCGCGACGCUUAACAAUUAAUAACAUAACAUGGAACGAUGGAACGAUAUGAAUUCGAUAUUUAAAUCGACGAAAGGCCGAAAGAAUUCGACGAGUUAGCUUCGAAAGCAAAAGUUAAUUAAGACAAUCUCAACGAAGAAGAAAAAGAAGAGGAGAGAACAAAAAACAGGAAAAAAAUCGACGACAUAUCUCUCCCACCCUAACCCCUCUCAGUCGCCCAUUGCAAAUUUCGUGAAAAACAUUUCCUUCUUUCAAAGCCACCUAGUGAGUUAGAUAGUCGAAAUCGAUAACACGGCGUUACGAAAAUCCCACAAAGGGAUACGGUACUCCCUUCUGGGAGAUACUCCGUGCUCGUUGGAAAUACUAGAAGAGUCCGAUUUUGAUGAGACAACCAACCCUCUCAUACCACAUAUUACCUACAUACAUGCGAACCGGGCGUGUCUUUGCCAACCGACGAAAAACAGAAAGAGAAAGGGAGAAAGGACGUAGGAGGGGUUGUAUGCGAAAUCGAGAGAGAAAGGACGGAAGAUGGAAAGGGUGAGAGAGAGAGAGAGAGAGAGAGAGAGAGAGAG